AUGGAUGGACUAAAUGACUCUUCUGUUUCUGAGUUUGUGUUGUUGGGACUGUCCAGUUCUCAAAAAACUAAAGUUUUUCUCUUGCUGACAUUCUCCUUCCUCUAUUUAGGGAUCAUCCUGGGAAAUCUCUUCAUUGUGUUUUUGGUAAUUGCUGAUUCCUACUUACAAUCCCCUAUGUACUUCCUGCUGGCUAACCUGUCCCUCAUUGAUGUGGGCCUUUCCUCCACAGCCAUCCCCAAGAUGAUCUCUGAUCUUGCAAAUGAAUACAAUAUAAUUUCUUUCCAAGGUUGUAUGACUCAGAUAUGCUUCAUCCACAUCAUGGGAGGAGUUGAGAUGGUGUUGCUCAUAGCCAUGGCAUUUGACAGGUACACGGCCAUCUGUAAGCCUCUUCACUACCUGAACAUUAUGAGCCCAAAAAGAUGUGUUGCAUUUGUAAUCACUGGAUGGAUAACUGGGGUGAUACAUGCUAUGUCUCAAUUUGCUUUUGUUAUAAACUUACCUUUUUGUGGCCCUAAUAAAAUAGACAGUUUUUACUGUGACUUUCCCAGGAUCAUAAAACUUACAUGCACAGAUGAAGCCAAGUUUGAGUUCAUUGUUGCUGCCAACAGUGGGUUUAUGAGCAUGGGCACUUUCUUUCUGCUAAUCCUUUCCUACAUCUUCAUUUUGGUCACUGUCUGGAAACAUUCUUCAGGGGACUUAUCCAAGGCAUUUGUCACUUUGUCAGCUCACAUCACUGUGGUGGUUCUCUUUUUCACUCCAUGCAUGUUUCUGUAUGUGUGGCCUUUCCCCACAUCAUCAGUUGACAAAUACCUGUUCAUUGUUGACUUUGCUAUCACCCCUGCCUUGAAUCCUGUCAUCUAUACAUUAAGGAACAAAGACAUGAAGAUAGCCAUAAAAAGACUGAGAAAAUGGAGAUAUUAUGUCCAAUUUUGCUGA